GCAGCCCUGUCCAACAUCGACGACUUGCCGGUGAAUCGGGAGCCGGAGGAUCUUCCUGCACCAGUCUGCUCCUGGCGCGAGGCAGUCGAUCGGAAGUUGCUGAAUGCAUCGCUGGUGCAGAAGCUGCAUGCUUCGGGCCUCAAACGGCCAACAUUGAUUCAGCGCCAUGCAAUUCCCAUCAUCGGCCAUGCAGAUCACUGGGAUCUGGUUGCGCAAGCGCAAACAGGCUCUGGGAAGACUUUCGCCUUCGUAAUUCCCACGAUCGCUCGCCUCGUUCUGCGUGGCUGCCCCGCGCGACCCUUCUUUGCUGGGCCCACGGCCCAGGCAUGCCCUGUCGUCCUGGUGCUGUCACCCACGCGUGAACUCGCCAUCCAGACUUGCACGGAGAUGGAGGUCCUGACGAAAGGGACGAAACUUUCGCAGAUGAGCAUCUAUGGAGGCGAGACAGUCAAGGAAACGGUGAAAAGACUCGAGAACGCUCCGGUCGACAUCGUCUGCGCGACGCCUGGUCGCUUGAUCCAACUGUUGGACGAGACCAAGUUGUCCUUGGCGUAUGUCCAGACCGUGAUCUUGGAUGAGGCAGACCAGAUGUUGGAGCAGCGUCUGGAGAUCAUGUGUGCUGAUAUCCUUGUGGGACGGGACAUGUCUCCACCAAGCUCUGGAAGACAAACGCUGCUGUUCAGCGCGACGAUCCCGCAGAAGAUCCGAGACAUGUGCCCGCAGAUUCUGCGGACAGCGCGAACCGGGCAUCUCACGAUCGGUCACUACGCGGAGGACAAGGGUGGCUCAUGCGAGAGCAUCAAGCAGGUGUUACGCUGGUCUCCAGACGACAAGCAGCGAAUUGGGGAGCUUAUCGCGGAUUUGCGCAAGUACUGGGACCGGAGCAAAGGCAGAGUCGUCAUAUUCUCCAACAUGCGCAUUACCGCAGACAACCUUGCGCACCAGCUGAAGCGUGAAGGUGCCAAGGAUGCAUCCGGAGGCGGUUGGACCUGUCGGCACUUGCAUGGCAAGCUCGACCAGGAGGUCCGGGAGAAGGUCUUCGACGGAUUCCGGCGAGGUGAGUUCGACAUCUUGGUCGCCACCAACGUAGCGUCGCGAGGCCUUGACUUUCCCGACGUUUCCCUGGUGGUCCAGUUCAACCUUCCAGAGGACAUCGACGUGUACACUCAUCGCGACGCAGCUGCUACAGCUCUUGAUGUUCUGAUUCUCGUGGAGCGUGGUCUUAUUGAUGUUGCAACUGGCAUCGUAGUUUCGCACUACUGGCUAG